AACCGCUGACCAUGUUGUACGACACUUACAUACGGCGUACCAAGAAGUGGCGUGCUACUGACCCCUCUGCGGAGAGUAGUUCGCAUCCAGACAGCUGCAGCAAGUACGUCGUUGCGAGGAGGUAGGGUAGCUGAGCUCUAUAUCUUCACACCCUCUGCGAUGGCCGUUCCCGCCGUUUCCUGUUUCCAGAGACAUAAGUAUACUAAUGAGUGAUCACUCUGUUUUCCGGCCGGAAUGGCUUGAGUUUGAAAACGAGCUUGGUUUUCGACCUCUACUGCUUGGCCCCACCUAUGAAGAUCUCUUGGAGCAAUACAGACAUAACCUGUUCAACGUGACGAAGAAAUACGGCCUACCCUCGCCGGAUGAGUCCGUUUCUGUCUCCCAUGAGACCACUUCGACCGGUGUGCGACUCAGAGUCUACACGCCACCCAACCAAAAGCUCAACCAGUCCAUAGUCUGCUACAUUCAUGGUGGUGGACUGGUACUUGGAACUGUCGAAGAAGAUGAUGUGUUGGUGCGCCGAUAUGCUAAAGACACUGGACUCGUGUUCGUCAGCGUCGAUUAUCGCCUUGCUCCUUAUGAUCCCUAUCCGGCCGGAUUCGGAGACUGCAUUGAUGCUGCCGAGUGGUGCGUGGGUCACGCAGCCGAGUAUGGAUCAAAGCCGGCGACGGUGCUACUGAUGGGGGUCUCUGCUGGAGCUACACUAGCCAUUGCCACAGCUCUGAACCUCAUCUCGCAUCGCAAGACGAGUCAACUGCAGGGCGUUGUUGCUAUACAGCCAUUCACCAUUCAUCCAGAUGUAGUGCCAGGGGAGAUCCAGCGCAAAUACAAGAGCUACAACGAACAUAACGGACGCUCUGUCUACACAAGAGCAGCGAUGGAGACUCUGCUCGAUCUGCACGGAUCUCCCAAGACUGAUCCAUUCAUCUUCCCGUCGUACUCCAGGCUGUUGAAGAAGCUACCGUGUGUAUAUCUAUCCGGCUGCGAAGUAGAUACACUUCGCGAUGACGCUCGAAUAUUCAAGGAGCUACUUGUCGACGACCAUGUUCUUCAUGAGUAUCACGAAUACACCGGCCUGCCUCACUGCUUUUUUGCAUACCCUUCACCAUACUUGGAGAAGCCAAGAGAAGAAUAUUUUCGCAAAACUGCUGCAGGCAUCAAAUUUGUGCUCGAGUCGUCGGAAAUCCCAGCGAUCCCACUCAGCUGAAGCCCGGAGACAUUUCCAAAUUGCAUACUUUUAAGGUCGGUGAACCUGUUAGCGAUACUUGGGG